CCUUCCUCCCAACCAACCCAGCAACAGGGAAGGAGCUAAACGGCAACCAACCGAGCCAGGAAAUGGAGGACUUCUACUACUUCCCCAGCUCCUUGGAGACCUCUGAAAUUGUCCACAGAGGGUUCCUCCCCGUCGUGCACUCCUCCCCCCGCAACCGGGGCUCUGCGUCGCCGAGGCCCCGGCGCGGGUUCCGUGACGACGCCAGCGAGCUCGGCCACCACUACCUCGAUGCCUGCUUCCGGUGCGGGCGGACACUCGCUGGAAACAAGGACAUCUUCAUGUACAGAGGCGACACCCCGUUCUGCAGCGAGGAGUGCCGGCAGCAGCAGAUCGACACCGACGAGGCGGCGGAGAAGAGAUCCAAGAACUCCGCGGCCGCGACGACGACAGAGCAGCAGUCGCAGCGGCAGAGCUCGCACAGAGUGCCCGUCUGGGCUCGGUAGAAGCAUCCAUCGAUCGAUCUAUCAAAUGGCCUAAUAUGCUCGAUCUACUCUCCACCCAUACAAACUUCAGGAUUGUGGAUAUAUGCGGACCGACGUGAUAUGAGUAGCUUGAAGGAGCUGAUUAUAUUCCCUAUUGGGAUACAGUUCUUGGAGGCAAAAGAAGAUCGUCUCGUCUGGAACGCUCAUUAUAUGUGUGAUUAACAUGCUUUCUUCCUUGUGUGCGAUUCCCAUGUAGUCCAAAAUUUUGGCAUGGAAGAAAUAAGAUCACCGAGGCUCCAAUCCA